AGAUGCUUAAUCUCCUGCAUCCAUGCGUGGUUCCCAGUGCCAAGGCUCCUCCAGACCUGAAGCGUGGGCUAUGUAUCUGUACCUGGGAACUGCAGGAGAACUGCAGUGGAUUCACGAGGAAUUGAACUGAAACACUGCUAAAACCCAAGAAACGUGUCGGAAGUGCCAGGGGCUGUGGAAGGAGCACAUGAACCUCACCUGCGAGCAGCUGGCUGAGAAGGAUGACAUCAAGUAUAGGACGUCCAUAGAAGAGAAAAUGACAGCGGCCCGAAUCAGAAAAUGCCACAAGUGUGGGACCGGCCUGAUCAAAUCGGAGGGCUGCAACCGCAUGUCGUGCCGCUGCGGAGCGCAGAUGUGCUACCUGUGCCGGGCUGCCAUCAAUGGCUACGACCACUUCUGCCAGCACCCCCGCUCACCCGGUGCUCCCUGCCAGGACUGCGCCAAGUGCUCUCUCUGGACGGAUCCCACAGAAGAUGACGAGAAGAUAAUUCAGGAGAUUCAGAAGGAGGCUGAAGAGGAGCAGAGGAAGAAAAACGGAGAGAACAGCUUCAAGCGGAUCGGCCCUCCAGUGGAAAAGCCCAUGGAGAAAAUGCAGAGAAUCGAAGUCAUCCCCAGACCCGUUCCUCAGAACCUGCAUCAGCCACGGAUGCCUCCUUACCCCUUCGUGCACCCUCCCUUCCCGCUGCCCCCCGUCCGUCCCAUCUACAAUAACAUCCCCCUCAACAUCGGCCCCAUCCCCGCCCCCUACGUGCCCCCGUUGCCUAACAUGAGGGUGAACUAUGAUUUUCCCCAGAUCAACGUUCAGCUGGAGCACAACUUGCCUAUGCACUUCGGCCUCAGCCUCGGCACCGGUUCUGACCUGGUUUGGAGAGCGUUGGUUACUGCAGGACGAAGCCCCUGGUAACACCACCCUGUCCUGCUGCAGCCCCCAGCACAGCCAGCUGCAAGGGGAGCUGCUGUGACUCGCACACACCUGCAGUACACCCUUAUCUAUAGCUUCUCCGGACCUUUACAAUCAAACAUUUCAACCUGUGCUGCAACAGGGCUUGGUGCUGCAUUUCCAAGGUCACUUCCUAUGUUGGGAGUUCUUUUUUU